AUGACCGUUGGUAAUGUGUUCGAAGUGAAAAAAGUCGCCAUCAUUGGAGGAGGAAUAGCAGGGCUAACCACACUUUUCGAGUUGUUGAAUGUUAAGAAGGAGGGAACGACUUCUUUGAAAUAUUCUAACUCUGGAGAAUUGGUUUCUCACGGAACAACUCCUAGCGAACGAGCAUUUUCCAAGAUUGAUGUCUUCGAACAGAGCGACCAAAUCGGAGGUAUAUGGAAUCCAAGCUUUGAUGAUGCGGAAACCAUCGAUCAAGACCUUUUGGAUACGGGCAAGUAUGAUGACCCUAAUAUUCUCCGUCCAGAAACGCGCAUCCCAGAAAAUUUGCGGGAAGGUAUUUACUCAUUUGAAAAGCCCUUUGUAACCCGCAAACGUCAAGAUACACCUAAACCCUGGACUAGAAGUGGCAUCUAUAGGAGUCUUUUUUCCAACGUACCUGAAAGGUAUCUCAGAAACUCUUUCAUGCCAUUCCUCAACAAGGCCGAAGAAGAUCCCUCAUUAGCGCCAUUGAUAGAUAACGGGCAGAUCAUAAAUCAAGUAGAAGAGUUUGCCAAGAGAUUUGACUUACUGAAGUACGUUAAGCUGAAUUCAGAAGUUGUAAAUAUCACUAAAGAUAACAAUGACAAUCAGUGGACUUUGACUAUCAGAAACAGCAUUUCGGAGGAAAGCGAUGAGUGGUACCAAGAACGCUACGAUGCAGUCAUUGUUAGCAAUGGGCAUUAUUCAAUUCCCUACAUUCCUUACAUCAAAGGGCUGGAUGCUUGGAACAAAAAGUAUCCGGGAACUAUUCUACACUCAAAAAGUUACAGAAACAAUGAAAUCUUUGAGAACAAAAACGUUCUUUUUAUUGGUACGGGAUUAAGCGGUGUUGAUUUAAUACAGUAUGCAUUCCCCGUCGCCAGGAACGUGUAUGUUGCACGCACACCAGGCAAAAGAGAAGUCUACGAAUGGUUGGGGAACGCAGCGACCUCGGAAGGAAUUCAAACCAAACCCCGUGUAAGUAGCAUUGAUCCCGAGAAGAAUUCCGUCACCUUCGUAGAUGGUACUACUGUUGAGGGAAUUGACACCAUCGUUCUGUCAACGGGCUAUCACUGGCAUUACCCGUUCCUCAGCGAGGAACUUACGGGAGUAAAAGUGAAACCUGGAAGAAACGGCAAGAAUCCAGACUCUGGUUCUAGUGUUUCUGGAUUAUACCUUAACACUUUUUCAAUCCAAGAUCCUACCUUAGCAUUUGUUGGUGUAACGAUAACGUCGAUAAAAUGGCCUUCAUUUGAGCUAACUGCAUCGGCAAUAGCUGGGGUGUGGACCAACAAAUCAGGCUUACCCUCGAAGGAGGACCAAGUAUCUUCAAAUCAAGAAAGACUUAAAGACACAGGGACGGGACUUGAAUUUCACUACUAUCCUUAUGAAUGCUUUAAAGGCUUUGCCUCCCAGCUGGAACAUUUUUUACCGCUUGGAAGACAGCUUUCGGACAUAUUCGACGAGGAACAUCUGGAGACGGAUUUCGAGCGAUCCUUCGUUGUUGCUGAGAAACUCUUCUAUGAGUAUAAAUCGGGGCAGCUGAAGUAG